CGCAUGCGCAGGGGCCGCCCCGCCCCGCUCCCAGCGUGCACCGCGCGGUGAAGAAGCGUUGGCUGCGGGCUGGGGGCAUUUUGUGUCCGCGGGAGCAGCGGUUGGGAGACAAGAUGGCGGCGGCGGCGGCAGAGUGAGGGACCGGCGGCGGCCGGGACCCGGCGGAGCCAGCGGGCCUCGCCUCGCCCUUUUUCCCUCUUCUCCCCUCCAGCCCCUUUACAGCACCUCGGCAGCCGCCUCUCACCUCUCUGGAGGGCGCCGGGAGCCGGGCAGAGCCGCGGAGAGGGGCGGCCGCACGAAGGGCCCGAGCUGAGCGCUGAGCGGCGCCGAGCGCCGUUCUUGUUGUCUUCCUUCCUUCGUUCCCCCGCCCUUCUCCCCUUGUCGGGUCCAGCCCCUUCUCCCCUCUCCCUUCCCCCGAGCCCCGUAGCGCCGGGAGAGCCUCGCAGCCGCCUCUCGCCAUGGCGAGCAGCAGCGGCUCCAAGGCCGAGUUUAUCGUCGGGGGCAAGUACAAGUUGGUGCGGAAGAUCGGCUCGGGCUCUUUCGGGGACAUCUAUUUGGCGAUCAACAUCACCAACGGGGAGGAAGUUGCUGUGAAGUUGGAGUCUCAGAAGGCCAGACAUCCCCAGCUGCUGUACGAGAGCAAACUCUACAAAAUUCUGCAAGGAGGAGUUGGCAUUCCACAUAUACGGUGGUAUGGUCAAGAAAAGGAUUACAAUGUUCUAGUUAUGGAUCUUCUCGGUCCCAGCCUUGAAGACCUCUUCAACUUCUGUUCUCGCAGGUUUACGAUGAAAACAGUACUUAUGCUAGCAGACCAGAUGAUCAGUAGAAUUGAAUAUGUGCACACAAAGAACUUUAUACACAGAGACAUUAAACCAGAUAACUUCCUAAUGGGUAUUGGGCGUCACUGUAAUAAGUGUUUAGAAUCUCCAGUGGGGAAGAGGAAAAGAAGCAUGACUGUUAGUACUUCUCAGGACCCAUCUUUCUCAGGAUUAAACCAGUUAUUCCUUAUUGACUUUGGUUUGGCCAAAAAGUACCGGGACAACAGGACAAGGCAACACAUACCGUACAGAGAAGACAAAAAUCUCACUGGCACGGCUCGAUACGCCAGUAUCAACGCACAUCUUGGCAUUGAGCAGAGUCGCCGAGAUGACAUGGAGUCUCUAGGCUACGUAUUGAUGUACUUCAACAGAACCAGUCUGCCUUGGCAAGGAUUAAAGGCUGCAACAAAGAAGCAAAAGUAUGAGAAGAUUAGUGAAAAGAAAAUGUCCACUCCUGUUGAGGUUUUGUGUAAGGGAUUCCCUGCAGAAUUUGCCAUGUAUCUGAACUACUGUCGUGGCCUGCGUUUUGAAGAGGCACCAGAUUACAUGUAUCUGAGGCAAUUAUUCCGUAUUCUUUUCAGGACCUUGAACCACCAAUAUGACUACACAUUCGACUGGACAAUGUUAAAGCAGAAAGCAGCACAGCAGGCAGCCUCUUCCAGUGGGCAGGGGCAGCAGGCCCAAACCCCCACAGGCAAGCAAACUGACAAAUCCAAGAGUAACAUGAAAGGUUUCUGAGCAUGGAGAGGAUGGGACAAAGCAGAGCAGAUCGGAGCAGGACUUGUCACUCCCCAAAUCCUAGAAAUUUAGUUCAUACGUACACUUGCCAGUGGCUGUGGGCAACCAUUUACUUGGUGUAAAGAACUUAAUAUCAGUAUAAACUGGCUCUGGGCAGCGUCAACGAUGCUGCACUUUGAGUUGUAGCAGCUGUAAUUGUGAAUAUUACUGAGAUAGUGAAACAUGGUGUCCAGUUUUCUAUUGCAUUUUUUUCAAGUGGAAAAGUUAACUAAUGGUUGACACACGAGUGGAGAAAAUUGUGCAUAUGCCAAUUUUUGUUACCUUUUUACUUUGAACUACACUGCUUAUGAGAUCUCAUUGUUUUGGAAGAAUGGCAUGAACAGUCUUCGGCAACAGUUGUGAUAAUUGUAAAUGCUCACAAUUGUGCACUCUUUUCUGGUUAUUCCUCCCUGGGUUUUGAAAGUUGUACACUUAAACAUUCUUAAAGUUGUUGGCUUCUAUGUGCAACAUACCAAGCCAGCUGACAUGGUAGUAACCAAAGAUUCCAGUUUUUAAGCGUAUGAAAGACUCUGCCUGCUUACCUGUGCUAGAAAUAACAGCAUCUAAAGUGAAGACUUAAGAGAAACUUAGCGACUACUAGAUAAUCUUUAGGACUCUGCAUUAACUCUAUAAUGUUCUUGGUAUAAAAGGAAAAACAGCAUAUUUGUCACGAAAUUUAGUUAACAUCUUACAACUGAACCUGUAUGUAAGUUGCUUAGAUAAAUGUAAUCACUGUAAACAUCUAUAUGAUCUGGGAUUUUGUUUUUAUUUUGAAGCGGGAGCUUUUUUUUUUUUUUUUUUUUGUUUACAAGUUCAUUAAAAACUAAAAACUGUUUCUGUAAGGAAAUUAUUAUUUUUUAAUUUGCCUUGUUAAUCCAGUUCAAGAGAAAUCUGCAUUACCCUGGUUUUGAAACCAGGUUUCAAGGCCAUUUGUUAAGCAAAAGAAGUCGUAUUUUCCUUCCUCAAUCAUUUUAGACUUAGUGUUGUAACUCUUCCUCAUUUUUGUUUUUUAAAUACAUUUUGUAUUUCUUUUUUUCUCGAGGGGGAAAGGGGCACUUCAGCAUUUUUCUAACCUGUUGUUUGAGACCCUCAUCCCUCCAUACCGAGAUUGGAUACUUUUAAAACCACACGGCAUCUUUUGCAGACCCAGUAUUGGCAGCUUCACAAGCGUUGCCACGUCGUGCCCCGGCUGGACUGACUUGUGAUCGCUACCGUUGAGAAAAGUUCAGACGGAGUAUUUGGAUGGUUUUUAAACCAAGGCAUUUUCUUUUAAGUUCUUGUGAAGUGGGUAUGACCGGAUUUUACUCUUGUUCUCGGGGACAGCCUCAAUCCACGCAGAGUUCACAUUGGUUACUGCCCCAGGCUGUCUUCCUUCUCACUCCUAUUCUAGCCCAGCUGAAAGACAGAAAUAAUUUUAUUGCUGGUAAUUCUUUAACAGUGUAAUUUAUUCCUUUAUAGCAUGUCAGAAUAAAUUAAAAAAAAAAUGUCUGAAAAUGCUGCCAGACGCCUAUUGUGUAAAUGUUGUUUGUAUGUUAGCUUUUUAGACAGUUUCCAUGCAUGUAACAGAGUUUCUGGUCACAAUUCAUAUUUCUACUGUUUAAAAAAAAACAGCAACAAAAAAUCUUUUGUUUUGCAAACUGUCUCUUCAAGGUCAUAAUAACUACACUGUGCACUCUGUCAUCUUAGCGUUGUAAUCUGGAUCAAGGCUGCUCACUUGUGCGGUCACUAUGCAUACUCCCUAGACAAGAAGGAUCUGCUCUGAGGAGAUGUUAAAACUUGAGCUGGAGAGCUGUGUGUGCUAAUUAAUGCGUGGAUAGAUGGAGUACAGGGAGGUGAAAGUCUGCCAGGCUUCAGAGAUACCUGUGCAGCUUUGGAAACCUGUCUGCUGUUUAAGAGCAUUCUUUGUUACCUGGGAGGUGAAGGAAUUGUAGCUCACUCUUUGGGCCAGGGUGUUCAUAAAGUUCUGAGUAUCGCCCCCAUCCACUAAUGGAUGCUUUACAAGCCAUGCCUCGUUUGAAGACUGGUAUCGUUUCUAAGAACUGGUGUCUAGAAGACUAUGCUAACUCUUUUUGUUAAGAUUUCAGAUGUCCAGGCAAUACAUUGUCAGCGUGCAUUGGCAUAGCUGGAAGACACAGCAAUGAAACGCCUCCUUGGCAGCUGGUUUCAGAGUGGCUGCUUGGAUUUGUUUGGUACCUCUUCUCUUGCUUUGACAUACGAUGCUCAAAAAUGAGAGGAAAUAAUUUGGUUUCGGGAGAAGAAAUUAUUUCCUCUGUUCAUUAAACUUAACUCAGACUUCUAGGAGGGUUAUCAAAGUUUAAAAACAACUGUCCUUGAAUAAGCAAGAACAGCCUGAAAUGCUUGGUGUGUCAGAAUGCGUUGGUUUGUAGUUCUUGCUACUGCAAGUCUUGCAAUACAGAAGAGCACGGAGUCCAGUUAGUUUUUAAAGCUUGCUAUGUUUAAAUAGAGUUUACUUCUACACAGAGGUGUGAGCUGAACCUGUCAGCCCUGUCGUGCUUCGUUGCAGAAAGCCAACCUUCACCAGACAUGCUGACCAGGAUGGCAACCCUUCUCAAAGAGAUGCUGUGAUGAUAUUGAACACUCGUUUGCUGUAUGAUCUAUUUGGUUUGUAAGGAAGAUUUAAAACAAAGCAUUAAAAACUAUGUGGAUCUUGA